UCUCCCUCUCCCUCUCUCGCUCUCUCUCCCAAGAAAAGUAAAAUAAAAAUCUAACAAAAAGGUCUACUUUUUAUUAUAAGAAGAAAACAGGCAUCUUAAGUAAAUCCCCUUCUCUGAAGCUUUCAAGCAUUGUGGUGUAUCUAGCUAGUUCCUUCCUCCUCCUCCUCCUCCUCCUUCCACUUCUCUUAAUUCCCUCUUCUUGAUGUCAAAUGAAAAGGAGGAUCCAUACCAUUAUGACCCCUUUCACUACAAUAUUCAGCAAGGAGCCAACCGGCCGGUGUCGGUGUUUCCAUUCUUCAAUGACAAUCUCUCCAUGUACAAUCAACAAGCACCCACACAAAACUUACAGGGGUUUAGUGAUCCCUCAUUUAUGAGCUUCACUGACUGUUUACAUGGCUCCAUGGAUCACUAUAACACCUUAUCAAGAGCCCUCGACGUGUCUUGCUCGUCAUCCGAGGUAAUUAGUCCCGUUGAUCAAGAUGGUUCAAGGAAAAUUGGUGCUGGAGAGUCAGCAGCUACAAAUCAAUAUACUCCAUCCACACCAAAUUCCUCCGUAUCCAAUUCUUCUUCUAAUGAUGGAGCAACCGAAGAAGACCCUGGGAAGAGCAAGAAACAUAAGCAGCCAAAAGAGAGCACUGAAGAUGGGGAUAUCGAUGGGGAUGCUAAGAAAGUGAGCAAGACAAAAAAGAAGGAGAAACGCCAAAAGGAGCCACGGUUUGCCUUCUUGACCAAGAGUGAAAUUGAUCACCUUGAAGAUGGAUACAGAUGGAGAAAGUACGGUCAGAAGGCAGUGAAGAAUAGUCCUUAUCCAAGGAGUUAUUACAGAUGCACCACUCAAAAAUGCAUGGUUAAGAAACGUGUGGAAAGAUCAUUCCAAGACCCGUCAAUUGUCAUCACCACAUAUGAAGGACAGCAUAACCAUCACUGUCCAGCAACUCUUCGAGGUAAUGCUGCUGGAAUGCUAUCACCUUCCCUUCUGGCAUCCACAUCGAUAGGGCAGAGCUUUCCUCAGGAUUUCCUGACUCGCUUGCUUCCACCAAGUAACCAAGGCGACCAAACUUCGAUUUUCUAUCAAAACCAUGAUCCACAGUAUCAGCAUCAGCUCUAUGCUCCGGAUUACGGCCUCUUGCAAGAUUUAGUUCCCUCCUUCAUCCACAAGAAACAGCCUUGAACUCUCUCUAGUCUCUCUCUCCCUCUCAUAAUUAAUCUGUCUGUUUCUUUAGUGUACUUGGAUUUUCAUGGACGAACUAAUACCAGUAUGGUGCUCACAUAGAGCAUUGAAUGCAUAUUUCUGACUACUGGAGUUUAUGUACAUGUAUAUACACACAUGUAUUUAUGUUGGGGUGUAUGUAGAAUUCUGAUUGAUCCUAUAAAGUCGAACCUUUUCCCAUUUGUCAAAAGGUAAAUGAUGGGGUUCCCUUCAAGAGAACGGCAGUUUGCUUGAAUCUGCCAAAAUUGGAAGUGAGAGGAGAAGGUGCUGAUAGGACUUUCACGUGUAAAUGUUCAAUUUCAAGUCGCUACACUAUGCAAGGAGAUCAGAUAAUUCACAAUUAAAAUAUUUGGGUCUGUUAAUUUAUUUCUUCUUGUCAAAGUCUUUCAGUUCGGCGUGCUCUCCUUUUUCCUUGUAAAUUUAAUGAUGAUUCUGUAAUGGUCACGAUGCCGCUAA